GAGAACAAUGAGGGGACCUUAAUCUACUGGGCAGAGUGGACAUGUUGUCGCUGCAUGUACUUUCUUUUGUAGGUUCUAUCCUUGGAAUACAUGUACAUGCUGCGAUAACGCCGUAGAUAGUGAGAUGAACUGGAGAGUGAUAGCCUUUGCUGUCAUCUGCAUUGUUGUCGUCGUUGAGGCGAGGAGAAAAGGCAAGGGCCCAGUAAAGUGUGGUCACACUGAAGUAGCGGUAAGACGAUGGCGCCGUCGAGACCGCUUCUGCAGGCCUAUGCUUACCCGGCCAUCGCUCAGGUGGAAGCGCCGUUCGUGUAUCUGCAAGCCGGGCUACGUACGGAAUGCGUGGAAUCAGUGCAUUCCGGCGAACGAGUGCAACAGAUGUAAGCGACUGCGGCGCAUGGACUACAACCUGUGCGAGACCGCCUGUCCGCUCACGUGCGGCCAGCCGAUACCCAGGUUCUGUCCAAUGGAGUGCGUGAAGGGCUGUUCCUGCCCUCCUGGAUACGUGAUAGACCCGAGGCGUAGGACAAAGUCGUGCAUAUCGGCCAGGUGGUGCCCUCCUAUGUGUCCGGCCAAAGCCCGAUUUCGUCUCUGCGUUUCCACCUGUGAACCAAGGUGCGACACACCCAGGCCGAAGAAGUGCGUCAAGCGGUGCUACGGAGGCGACUGCGUCUGCAAGUGGCGUUACGCCAAGAUUUUUCAACGCGGCCAAAUGUAUUGCGUGCGCCGUAGGGAUUGUCCCAAUCGCUACAAGCAGUUGUACGGGAACUUCUAUUGGAACCUGCUUGGAAAUGAUGCAUACUAACGCACCACGCUCGUAGCAUUCUAAGUGCAGAUAUCAAGCUAAACUAUGGAAGGCGCAGAGGGCGGGUAUUGUCGAAUCAAAUUGAACAGCCUCAGUUAGGAGCCGGAACGCCCAACUAUAAAAUAAUUUUCCCCGCUGAGGCAGAUUCCCUUCAUCUUCUACGUGUUCACAUCGUUUGAGAUGUAAGCACGGCGGCAAGCGAACUCAAUAGUCUGAAUCGUGACAAGAGGUUUGUAUACUAAACUGUAUACUAAGCAAAAUGGACAAGACGGCGACAAAAAAAGAAACAAGGCUAAAUAAAUACUGUAUGUCAGAACGUAACCUCGGCUCUCUCAGGCCCUUCAAAUUGCUUCGACCUUUUUUCUUUACACGUGCUGUCUACGGCGUUAUCGGAAAUUGAGCAACGCUAUACAAAUGGUGUUAUUGCAUUAUUGAGCAAAGAAAACGUACAUGUCACUUGCCAAGCUGAACGAAGUUGCAGAACGCUUUCGUCGAAUAUGGCGCGUUUUGCCACUGCAGUUCACUAGGAGUAUGUUGUACCAUAAGAGUUGGUAACUUUUAUUAUUUACGCUGCUUGUAAUUGAACGGAGGGUCUCAGGAGAAAUCAUGGAAGGACCAUCCCUUUGCGCCUGUAGGGUGUAAGACGAUGGACUGUGCCUUCAUUAGAAGAACUGCACGUUGCAUGCGGUGGCACCGAUGCGAUCCAAGGUGACUGCAACAUCUAAUAGGCCACCUGCAGAGUGAAUCCUUUUCGCGAAAGCGAAAUUUCUUGAAAUAAAACACUGUGUUUUUGACAUUGUA